AUGUCCGCCGAAGCGAUAUCCAGCGACAACUCGAGUUCACGAGAUCUCCAUUCCGUCGUCUUGCAGACAACGCUGCAGGAGAUCACCACGCGACCGACGGAUCUUCAAGACUGUUGCGUCAUUUGCCUCGAAGAGAUCACCGAAGGCUGCGAGGCGCAACCCUGCCACCACCACAACUUCGAUUUCCUCUGCCUCGCGACAUGGCUGGAACGACAAAUAGCAUGCCCGCUAUGCAAGACCGAGAUCAAAGAGGUCCGUUACGAGUUUAGCGACGACCGAAAGCAAUGGAAGACCUUCAAGGCCCCAGAGAGACCCUCGGAUAAGGCUGGAGACACAACGAAUGCCCCUUCUGGUCAGCAAACGAGACGAUAUUACUCUCAAGCCCGCCCACGGCGACCACGGCCCUAUGCGCCUUCGACGACUCGGCCCAAUCUGUCUCAAGAUGAGGCAAUCACCCGCCGAAGACAUGUCUAUCGACAUCAAUUGUACUCGCUGCACGUGGGCUCAAACAGGAUAUCAAGGUACCGAGACUUGACUCCGCAAAUAUUUGCCUCCGAUACAGAGCUUGUCUCGCGCGCGCGUACAUUUCUUCGGCGCGAACUACAGGUCUUUGAGUUCCUCUCGCCCGAUCAUGAUGCAAGGCCGCUAGAUACCGACCCGGUCCGACGUCGCAGAGUCAACAAUGCCGAGUUCUUGCUCGAGUACAUCAUCGCUAUCUUGAAGACUGUGGAUAUGCAAGGCAGCAUGGGCCAAGCUGAGGAGCUCAUUCAAGAGUUUCUGGGCAGAGAGAAUACGCGAUUGCUGCUUCAUGAGCUUCGGGCGUGGCUGAGAAGCCCCUACAUGUCGCUCGAAAGCUGGGACCGCGCUGUGCAGUAUCCAGAUGUUACACUCAAGCGGCGACGGUCACAGAGUCGCAGCGCAGCUAAUCGUGGAGAAUCGUCCACGACCAACAGUAUAUACCCUUCAACCUGGAGGAGAGAUGAGAGACAGAGGCAUCGCAGGCAGCCUUACGAAUCGCGUCGUUACGGCGGAGUCCCGCCGUAUUCGAGCGAGGCCGAGGCCGAGUUUUACGACAUAUUUGACGUCUUUGAUUCCCAGAUCGUAGAUUUCGAAGAUAGACUCUAUUCAACCGAUAUCUGUGUACCUGUUCAUACUCUCGUCAUCGUCGAGCAAGACAAUUUGAAAUGCUAUCUCGGCAAAGCCCGUCUGAACAGGGCGAUAGACCUCUACAAAAAGACGUACCCCGGCGGCAAGGACGACACCUUCAACGUAACCUGGCAAGCCUACUACCUCGACCCGACGGCGCCCCGCGAGGGCGUCCCCGUCAACGAGCGCAUGGCGGCGCGCUUCGGCGCCGACAGGCUGGAGAUGAUGCACGCGCGCAUGAAGAAGCUGGGCGCGGCCGAAGGCUUCAAUUUCACGUUCGGGGGCAAGAUCGGGCACACGCGGGACGCGCACCGGACGAUCCAGCUGGCGAAGACCAAGGGUCCCGAGGUGGAGAACGCGGUGGUGGACUCGAUUAUGAAGAGCUACUUUGAGGAGGACGGGGACGUGACGAGCUGGGAUAUGAUUGUGGACGCGGCGGUGCGGGGUGGGCUUGAGAGGGGGGAGGUGAGGCGGUGGCUCGAGGAGGGUAAGGGAGGGGAGGAGGUUGAUCGGCAGGUGGAGGAGGCGUAUCGGAUGGGGGUGAGGGGGGUGCCGCAUUUUGUGAUUGAGGACAAGUAUGAGGUUGGGGGCGCGCAGGAGGUGGGUGAGUUUUUGGGACAGAUUGUUGCGGCGAGGGAGAGGGGUGGGAGGGCAGCGGGGGCACGGGAAGGGCUUUCGUGUUGA